AUGAGCAGCUCCUCACAGAGCACAUUCGUGUCUGUGCAGACCAGAGAUGCUUUAGAGGACGAGGACGCCUUUCGGAGCCAGCCGCCCCAGGUGCGAGCCGAGAUGCGCCCAGUCCUCUGGGGAUGCCUGCUCGUGUGGAGUCUCUGGGGCGCACCUGCCCAGGCUGCCUACGCCGGGAUCAAGGCAAGGGUCACUCAGCGGGCACUGGACUUCGGUGUUCAAGCUGGGAUGGAGAUGAUAGAGCAAAUACUAAAAGAAAAACACAUCCCAGAUUUAAAAGGCUCUGAGACUCUUGAAUUUCUGAAGAUUGAUUACGUGAACUACAAUUUUUCAAACAUAAAAAUCAAUGCCUUCUCAUCGCCAAAUGCUUCACUGGCGUUCGUGCCCGGGGUGGGCAUCCGAGUACUGACCAACCACGGCACCACCAAUGUCAGCUUGGACUGGGAGGUCAGGGCUCCACUGUUCCACGAUGUGGGUGGAGCCGACCUCUUCCUCUCAGGAGUCUACUUCACUGGUGUCCUCAUUCCGACCCAAAACACCUUUGGCCAGCCGGCUCUGCAGCUCCGGGACUGCUCCGCCCAAGUGAGCCACGCCCACGUCUCCUUCGAGGGGGAACUGAGUGCCCUGUACAACACCUUCGCUGAGCCCAUGGAGAAGCCCAUUUUAAAGAACUUAAACACGAUGCUCUGUCCCAUCAUCACGGACCAGGUGGAAGCCCUGAACGUCAACCUCAGCUCCCUGGAUGUUUUAACCAAGAUUGACAACUUUACGCUGCUGGAUUGCUCCCUCAUCGGCCCUCCGGAAAUUACUGAGCAUUACCUCGACCUGCAUUUGAAGGGCACGUUCCACCCGCCGGCCGACCUGGCCGACCCGCCCUUCUCUCCCGAGCCCUUCGAGCUCCCGGAGCGCCUGGACUCCAUGCUCUACGUCGGCAUCUCCGAGUACUUCUUCCGGUCAGCGUCCUUUGCACACUUCGCCGCGGGUGCCUUCGGCAUCACGCUGUCCACCAAGGAGAUUUCCAGCCACCUCAUUCAGAACUCUCAAGGGAUUGGCGCUGUGCUCUCACAGAUUGCAGGUCUCUACCUCCUGCCGCAGCCCCUCAUGCUGCGGAUCAUGGCCACAGAGCCGCCAGCCGUCCGCCUGCAGCCGGGCAACUUCACCCUGGACAUCCCUGCCUCUGUCCUCCUGCUCACACAGCUCAGGAAUACCUCCGAGGUGCAGCCCAUUGUCUCCAUGGACUUUGUCGCCAGUACCAGUGUCGGCCUGGCUAUCUUAGGACAAAGGCUGAUCUGCUCCCUGUCUCUCAACAGGUUUCGCCUGAUUGGGCCAGAGUCCAACCGCAGCGACAUUAAGGUCUUGAGGUUCGAGAAUAUCCUGUCCUCCAUUCUACACUUUGGAGUCCUCCCGCUGGCCAACACAAAAUUGCAACAAGGAUUUCCCCUGCCCAGGCCGUACAAUGUCUCAUUGGCCAACUCAGACAUUGAAGUGCUUGAGGGUUUCAUUUUGAUUUCCACUGACCUGAAGUAUGAAACGUCCCCGAAACAGCAGCCAGGUUUCCACGGCUGGGGAGAGCUGAACCAGAUAGGGAGAGACGGCACGGGGCAGCCAGCCAUGUGAUGCCCAUUCAUGCCCACCCGGGGAAGUAACCGGCCCCAACCCAUGGUGCCCGUCCACUGGGAGAGAAGACCGUGCACCGUGGAACCUGAGAGGCCUUCCAAUAGCGUAGGCAAAGAUCUGCUCUCAGGAGCCCUGCGGAACCUAGAGCAGGCCGCCUGGGUUAAAGGGCUGAGCAGGGGUGUGCACUGUGUACAGAGGAUCCGAGGGCAGUGUGGGCGCGCAGACGCUGUGUGCCUGCCAUUGUAAGACUCUGGGGACAAGAGGUAGGCAUGCAUUUCUGACCAGGUGGGUGG